AUGUUUCAGCCGCUCGCCGAGGCGCUGAUGGCGUUGCCCCCCGAGCUGCUGCUGUGGACGCUGCUCGGCGCCCUCCUCCCCGUCGUCAUAAUGACGAUCGGAACGCUGCUCGACCGCUGGCGGCUGCGCCGCAAGCCGCAGCAGACGCAGGCCGAGGCGACGGAGGGCGACGCCACCGGCAGCGGGCGGGAGGCGCAGGGAGACGGCUGCUGCACCCGCCGCCAGGCACCCGCGAACGGAGGCGCAGGGAAGAAGAUCCUCAUCGCGUACGCCACGCAGUCGAACACGGCGUGCAAGCUGGCGCACAAGCUCUUCUCCACGCUGAACGCCGCCCUGCAUGAGGCGGCCGGCGAGGUGGCGCAGCGGGGCUCCGCGUGCUGCGGCGCGGCGAGCUACGUCCCGGAGGUGCGGGUGCUGCGGCUCGCCGAGGAGGCGCGGCAGUGCAGUGUGGAGCACCUGCUGGAGAGCCACGCCUACAGCUUCGUGGUGCUCAUUGCGAGCACCUACACAAACGGCACCGCGCCGGCGUCGUCGCAGAUGUUUGCCGAUCUCCUGCAGGACGCCUACACCGACUUCCGGGUGCCGCGUGACACACUCGCCAGGACGCGGUUUGCCGUCUUUGGCCUCGGCGACGUUGCGUACGGCGCGAACCACUUCAACCGCUUCGCAAAGAACCUCUACACGUGGUGCAAGGGACUCGGGGCGACGUUUGUGACGCCGCCGGUGUACGCAAGCGAGGCCAACACGGUCCCCCUCUUCAACGUCUUCACGGCCUCUGUGGUGAAGUGGGUCGGCCGCGUCGUCUUCACCGCGGACGGGGUUGUGGUGGUGCGAAAGCCGCGGCGGGCGGAGACGACGCGGCCGCCGGCGGUUGCCAAUGCGGCGCCCGACAGCGAGGACGACGACGACGACGACGACGCGGCGGCGGCGGAGGGGGAAAGUGAGGCCUGCGGGGACGACGUGGAGGAUGCCGUGACGGACGACGACGACGACGGGGCAGCGGCGGCGGCGGCGGCGGCGGGGGACCCGCCGGAGCUGCUGCACCCGCGGCUGCGGCAAAACCUGCAGCGGCAGGGCUACCACCUCGUCGGCUCCCACAGCGGGGUGAAGCUGUGCCGCUGGACGAAGGCGAUGCUGCGUGGCCGGGGCGGGUGCUACAAACACACCUUCUACAACAUCGCCUCGCACCAGUGCAUGGAGAUGACGCCGAGCCUGGCGUGCGCCAACAAGUGCGUGUUCUGCUGGCGGCACCACACCAACCCCGUCUCCCGCACCUUUCGCUGGAAGGUGGACCCGCCGCAGCAACUCGUGGCCGGGGGGAUUGCGGGCCACCAGCAGAUGAUGAAGCAGAUGCGGGGGGUGCCCGGCGUCACCGCCGCGCGGCUGGAGGAGGGGAUGCAGGUGCGCCACUGCGCCCUCUCCCUCGUCGGGGAGCCGAUCAUGUACCCGGAGAUCAACGCCUUUGUGGACCUCCUGCACGAGCGCGGCAUCUCCUCCUUCAUGGUGACCAACGCGCAGUUCCCGGAGCAGCUGCGGCUGCUGAAGCCGGUGACGCAGCUUUACCUCUCCAUUGACGCCCCCACGCCGGAGGAGCUGAAGCGCGUCGACCGCCCACUGUUUGAGGACUACUGGGAGCGCUGCCUGGCCUGCGUGCGGGAGCUGCGUCGCAAGCCGCAGCGCACCGUGUUUCGCCUCACGCUGGUAAAUCAGUACAACACGGAGAACGUUGCCGCCUACGCCGACCUCGUGCGACUCGGGUGGCCGGACUUUAUCGAGGUGAAGGGCGUCACGUACUGCGGCACAAGCUCCACCUCGACGCUCACGAUGAAGGAGAACGUGCCGCGCCACGAGGAGGUGGUGCGCUUCUGCGCGGACCUCUGCGCGGCGCUGGCUGCCGACACCGCCCCAAAAGACAAGCGGACGUGGCUGGCGCAGGCGCCCGCCGAGGCCGAGCUUCAUGGUAGCGCGAGCCAGAGGUCGGAUAACGAGACGGGGAACAAUGUCAGCAACGGCAAUCCAGCGCAGGAAGGAGUAGCAGCGGCGUCUAGCGGCCCAUACAGCAUUGCAUGCGAACACGAGCACAGCUGCUGCGUCCUCAUUGCCCUGCGCCGCUUUCUUGUGCAAGGGGUUUGGCACACGUGGAUCGACUACGACAAGUUUACCGCGCUGGCCGGGAGUGGGCGCACGGACUUUACAGCGGCGGAGUACGCGGCACCGACCCCGUCGUGGGCGGUGUUCCGCUCGGAUGAAAAGGGCUUUGACCCCACGCAGGUUCGCGUGCACCGCAAGAGCGGCAAGCCAGCGGUGGUGACCUCUGGCUGCUAG